AACUUUUCCGGAGACUUCUCAUUGACCAAAAUUGUAAAUCAAUUGAAGGUCAUCAUGAUAAAUCAAUCGAAGGACAAAUAUGAAAGGUCAUCAUUCUCGUUCAUAAACGAUAGCCGCCGAGAAAUUCAAGCAAAAAAUGGCAGAAUCUGCGGGAAACAGAUGUGCAGUGGUAACAGGGGCAAACAAAGGGAUAGGAUUUGAAAUUUGCAAGCAAUUGGCUUCAAAUGGAGUGAAAGUUGUGUUGACUUCUAGAGAUGAAAAAAGAGGGAUCGAUGCUCUUGACAAAUUCAAAGGAACUCAUCUUUCUGAUCUUGUUAUAUUUCAUCAGCUUGAUGUUACAGAUCCUGCAAGUGUAGCUUCCUUAGCUCAAUUUGUGAAAAACCAAUUUGGAAAGCUUGAUAUCUUGGUGAAUAAUUCUGGGAUUGGUGGAGUUAUGAGAGAUGAAGAAGCUUUUAAAGCUUCAAGUACCAAGGGAGCCGGAAGUCAAACUGAUUUGAUAAAGACACUCAUCGAGUCUAAUGAGUUGGCUGUAGAAUGUCUGGAAACAAACUACUAUGGAGCAAAAAGAAUGGUUGAACAUUUCAUUCCACUUUUAGAAUUAUCAGAUUCACCAAGGAUUGUGAAUGUCUCCUCCUCCAUGGGAAAGUUAAAGGAUUUGAAGAAUGAAUGGGCUAAAGGGAUACUGAGUGAUGUUGAGAACUUAACAGAAGAGAAAAUAGAUGAAGUGCUUAAUCAGUAUCUGAAUGAUUUCAAAGAGGGAUUGCUGGAAACCAAAGGGUGGCCUACUACAUUGUCAGCAUAUAUGAUUUCAAAAAUAGCCAUGAAUGGUUAUACGAGAAUAUUGGCCAAAAAACACACAAGUUUUUGCAUCAAUUGUGUGUGUCCAGGUUAUGUUAAGACAGAUAUUAACUAUAAUAAUGGCAUAUUAAGUACUGAAGAAGGUGCUAAAACCCCGGUUAAGGUUGCAUUGUUUCCGGAUGAUGGUCCUUCUGGAUGCUUCUUUGAUAGAAAUGGUGUCACAUCCUUCUAAUGAAAAGGUAACCCUAGAUAUACAUAAGGGUAAAUUACAACUUUGGUCCUUGGGUAUAGCUGGUUUUUUGCAAUUUUAGUCCCAAAAGGUUUUCACUUGCAAUUUUGGUCGGUGCUUCAAGUGUUUGUAAUUUUUUUUUUGUGUGUGUUUUCCAAGCAAAAUGACUAUUUGUGGUCCCUGAAUAUAACUGUUUUUGGUCACAGAAAUAUUGUUGUUUUUAUGUGGAAUAGGACCAAAAAUGUUAAAGGAAACUUUAUGGGAUCAGAACUGAAACAAUUGGCCAUGCUCAGGGACCACAUAUGUAGUAUACUCCACACAUAUGUAAUGUACUCCACACAUAUCAUGAAUUAAACUGUAUUCUUAUUCUACCAUUGCUUGAUGCUUGAUAGUGAUGAACAGUGGUUGUUUGCAUCUA